AUGCCGUUAAUAAUUCCCAUCAGUUUUUCACUUUUUGAAGAAGAAGCAAUGUCUUUGGACUUAGAUUCUAUCGUCAAUACUGAUCCAGUUGUUACUGUCGGUUCUCGUCGUUAUGAUAUUAUCUAUACAUCUGUUUAUUACAAUGUACCACAUCUCUAUGCUUUAGAAUACAAUGGAAAUGAAAAAGCAUUAGCACGUCUAAGAAAGAUUCUUGCUUUACAUCCAGAUUCCGAUGAAACUGCGGCAAUAUUCAUUACAAAACACAAAGAACCAGUGGAUGAGGAAAGUGUCAAAGAAUAUGCAAUGCAGAAGGGAAAAUACCAGAAAGUUAUGGCUCUCUAG